ACGAGUUGCAAGAAGAAUGGUGAUUGACAAUUAAAGAAAAAAGAAACAAUAAAAGCUCUGGUUUUUAGUUUUUAGUUUUUUUUUUUUUUUUUUUUUUUUUUUUUUUUUCGUUUGGGAAAUUUGAAAUUGAGUUGAAUUGUUAGAAAGACGAGAUUUUUGUAUUUUGGUUGCUGAAGUUCCUUGGUUUUUUUGGUUAAUAAUGGCGGAUCAUUCUGUUGGUCCAGCCAGUUUCUGGACUCAAGCUAAUGCUCUACUCAGAAAGAAUUUGACUUAUCAGAAACGCAACAUGAAUGCGAAUGUUCGGCUCAUUUUGUUCCCUUUCCUCUUGUGUUUGUUGCUUGUACUCAUUCAAUCAUUGGUUGACAAUGAAUUGGACAAGCCCAAAUUCAGAUGUGGUUGUUCUUGUAUUGAUACUAAUGGAGAUGGUCGGUGUGAGGAAGUUUGUGGAGUUCAAUUUUCAACUUUGGAUCAAGCUUCAAGUUGUCCAAUUGAAAGCCCGCCUGAAUGGCCUCCUUUGUUGCAAAUGCCAGCUCCUGAGUUUCGAGCUGUUAGAACUAAUUUCAAUCCAUUUAACGACUUACCAGAUGAAUCGUGUAGGCGGACUGGGACAUGUCCUGCAACUGUACUAUUCACUGGAACUAAUAAAACUCUUGGAGAAAUUCUGGCUGGAAGCAUGUUCACAAAUUCAUUCAAUCUGAAUUCCAACAAUGUUUCUGAUGGUAUAGCUUUUAAUGUGGUGGGCUCGAGCUCGAUGACUGAAAAUAACAAUUUUCUGGAGCCUGCUUUUGCUUCAGACCUUCCGUUGUAUAAUGUGCAACUUCAGUGCACAAGAAACUCUUCUCUGACUGUUCCUUUUCCUGUAUUAUCAGUUGCAAAGGCUCAAGAGAUUAGAUGUGUUCAAGGCUUACAUUUGUGGCGCAACACUGCUUCUGAGGUCAAUGAUGAGUUGUAUAAGGGAUUUCAUAAAGGAAAUUCAGAGGGGAAGGUUAAUGAAAUCCUUGCAGGUUUUGAUUUCUUAAACUCAAAUGCAAAUAACUUUAAUGUGACCGUUUGGUACAAUUCAAGUUUUAAAAAUGACUCUGGAAAUGCUUCUCCGGCAUUAUUGCGUAUUCCACGCUCGGUGAAUUUGGCAACCAAUGCCUACCUCAAACAUUUGCAAGGACCAGGUACAGAAAUUCCUUUUGAGUUCGUCAAAGAAAUGCCAAAGGCAGCAUCGAAGCUCAGGCUUGAUCUAUCUUCUUUGCUUGGCACUCUUUUCUUUACUUGGGUCGUUCUGCAGCUUUUCCCUGUUGUAUUGCAAUCACUGGUUUAUGAGAAACAACAGAAGCUGAGAAUCAUGAUGAAAAUGCAUGGCCUUGGUGAUGGGCCUUAUUGGUUGAUUUCUUAUGCAUAUUUCCUUACAAUAUCCGCCAUCUACGUGCUAUGUUUUGUGAUAUUUGGCUCAGUUAUUGGGUUGAAAUUUUUCAGAUUGAACGACUACAGCAUUCAAUUCGUGUUUUAUUUGCUCUACAUAAACUUGCAAAUUUCUUUGGCUUUUCUAACUGCAGCAUGGUUUUCAAAUGUCAAGACUGCUGCAGUCAUUGCUUACAUACUCGUAUUCGGAACGGGGCUUUUAGGCGGCUUCCUUUUUCAGUUUUUCCUUGAAGACCCAUCAUUUCCAAAUGCCUGGAUUAUUGUAUUGGAGUUAUUCCCUGGUUUUGCUUUGUAUCGUGGAUUAUACGAGUUUGCACAGUAUUCCUUCAAUGGAAACUUUAUGGGGACUGACGGAAUGCGUUGGGGGAACUUGAGUGACAAAUCUAAUGGGAUGCGAGAUGUCAUGAUUAUCAUGGUUGUGGAGUGGUUGUUGGUAUUUUUGGUUGCAUAUUAUGUAGAUCAAAUUUCAUCCUCUGGUGGUGGGAAAAGUCCUCUGUUUUUCUUGAGAAGGUUUCAGAAAAAGGCUGCCGCGUCUUUUCGGUUGCCAAGUUUACGGAAGCAAGGAUCUAAAGUAUUUGUUCAGAUGGAAAAGCCUGAUGUGAUUCAAGAGAGGGAGAAGGUCGAACAGUUACUACUUGAGCCAGAUGCGAGUCAUGCCAUCCUGUGUGACAACCUCAAAAAGGUCUAUCCAGGAAGAGAUGGAAAUCCUGAGAAGUUUGCUGUAAAAGGGUUAUCUCUUGCUGUUCCUCGAGGGGAGUGCUUCGGCAUGCUCGGUCCCAAUGGUGCAGGAAAGACCUCAUUUAUCAGUAUGAUGAUUGGCCUUACAAAGCCAAGUGCUGGUGCAGCUUAUGUCCAAGGUAUGGAUAUCCGGCACGAUAUGGAUAGGAUAUAUACCAGCAUGGGAGUAUGUCCACAGCACGACCUGCUAUGGGAACAACUCACAGGAAGAGAGCAUCUACUCUUCUACGGAAGACUGAAGAAUCUACGGGGUUCCGCACUAACUGAAGCAGUGGAAGAGUCUUUAAAGGGUGUCAAUCUAUAUCAUGGAGGAAUUGCAGAUAAACAAGCUGGGAAGUACAGUGGGGGUAUGAAAAGGAGGCUUAGUGUUGCUAUUUCACUAAUCGGAGACCCCAAAGUCGUUUACAUGGAUGAGCCAAGCACUGGACUUGAUCCAGCUUCAAGAAACAGUUUAUGGAACGUUGUGAAGCAUGCUAAGCAAGAUCGAGCUAUAAUUCUUACCACACAUUCCAUGGAGGAGGCCGAAGUCCUCUGCGACCGAUUAGGAAUCUUUGUCGAUGGUAGCUUACAGUGCAUAGGAAAUCCUAAAGAGCUCAAAGGUAGAUAUGGAGGAUCUUAUGUAUUCACAAUGACUACAUCUGAAAAUCACGAUGUCGACGUCGAGAACAUGGUGAAGAAUCUCUCUCCCAAUGCUAGCAAGAUCUACCACAUCUCAGGAACACAAAAGUUCGAACUUCCAAAACAGGAGGUCCGAAUAGGUGACGUAUUUCAAGCAGUGGAGAAUGCAAAGAGUAGGUUCACAGUCUUUGCUUGGGGGCUUGCUGACACAACAUUGGAGGAUGUGUUCAUUAAGGUUGCUCGAGGAGCCCAAGCAUCCAUUGAUCUUUCAUGAUCCUUAUUUCUCACAAAAUUUUCAUUCCACUGUUACUUUUUCUGCCAUUUGAAUCUCUAUAUGUUUGAAUCUAAUGUCACUUUUUUCUUUGAUAAUUUACAUGUAUAUAUAUAUAUAUAUAUAUAUACACUUCAUAUGAUUAUAAUACACAUUCAUAAUUAUUUACAUUUUUGUAAAUUUUGAUUGUUUGUAGAAAUAUUGUUGGUUA